GGGACGCGCGGGAACACUCCCCCUCCCCAUCCGCGCACGUUGGUACCGGCCCGCCCGGGAGAGCCUUUCGUUAGGCUGCCCGGGCAUCUGGCGCGUGGGGCGGGACAUGCGCAGAGUUGGCGCUCGACGUCGCCCGGCCCCCACGGUCCGGCUCGGUUGUGUCUGCUUGUAGCUUCCCCUCACGGCACGAAAAGCCAUGGGGGGCGGCGGGCAGACAACCGUGGAGACACCGACCCGCCAUGUUUAGACUGAACCAAAGUGAAAUCCACGUGGCCUUUUCCUGUGACCCUGUCCGAAACAAAACACCGCCCCUGCCCUGCGACACGUAAGUGGGUUCGUGCUCUGCUACCGGGUCCCGGCCCUCUGCCAAGUACAGACAGUAACAAGCCCGAGGCGGAAUCGAUUCAGUCUGCACAACUUAGACUGCGUACGCAGAACCGAUAAGCAACUGAACAGACGUUUACUGUUGACUCUGGGAACGCCUGCAGUGGCCGGGCGGGGGCGGGCGGGCACUACAGCGCCCCGCCCCGUUGCAGACCGCCCUGAGCCUGCCCACCCUGAGACGGGGAACUGGUUUGCAAGGUUCGCUGUCCGUGCUUUCUUCCAACCACUUGCCUCAAAACAAAGAAACACUUCAACAUUGAUGAUGACCCAGUUCUCACUGGUUUUGAAUUGGGAUUUGACAGGGACUAAAAUGACACCAGUUACACGACGAGAAGUUCUUGGCCUUUACCGCAAGAUAUUCCGAAUAGCCAAGAAAUGGCAAUCUGUAUCAGGACAGAUGGAGGAUACUAUUAAAGAGAAACAGUACAUUAUAAAUGAAGCCAAAACAUUAUUUCAAAAAAACAAAAAUUUAACGGAUCCAGAGGUGAUUCAUCAGUGUAUAGAAGAAUGCAAAGCAAGAGUAGAAAUAGGACUUCACUAUAACAUCCCCUAUCCACGACCUAUUCAUCUUCCUCCUAUGGGUCUUGCCCAGAAACAUGGCCGGACAUUUCAAAAGCAAGAGAAGCUGAGAAAGCUUUCCAAGCCAGUCUACCUGAAAUCCUAUGAUGAAAUUUCAUAAGUUACCAUCCUGCUGUGAGGUGUGCUAUUGUGGACUUUGACCCCAAGGCAUCUCUUGUGCACAACUGUGAAUUAAACUAUUAUGUGCUUGAAAUUUGCUUCCAUUUCUCCUGAGGCCGGAAGCCUAGCUGAUUCAGAACACAUGAUAAAUAAGGAUGUAUUUAAACUGCCUUGCAUUUAUAAGAUUCAACCACUGACUCAUCAAUAAAAGUAACAGCUUUUAAGGAGCGCGGUGCAAUAUGAAGAUUACUUUGUGAAGUCAAAAUAAAGCAUGGAGAUUUUUUAGUUGUA